GGCUCGGGGCAGGGCUGCCGGGCGGCUUCAGGCACAACCCCCCUCCUCCGGCCAGGCCGGCGGGGGGCGGCCUGCCGGACGCGGGGACUGAGGCUUGGGAGGAACGGGGGCGAGGGGGGAGAACCCGGCGCUGGAAUGCAGUCUUCCCGGGCGAGCGCAACUUUGCACCGCAGUGGAGCAUAGUUUGGGGUGGGGUUUCGCAGCGUCCCCUCCUCCCAGCCCCCGGGCCCCCUUCCAGGCGCUUUCUGGGAGCUUUCCGAACUGCGCUCAGAAGUUUAAAGAGCAGAGAGGCGCUUGUGCUUGUAGGCAGGGACAAUGGAAGAAAAUGAAAGCCAGAAAUGUGAGCCGUGCCUUCCUUACUCAGCAGACAGCAGACAGAUGCAGGAACAAGGGAAAAGCAAUCUGCAUGUAACGUCAUCAGAAGAUGCAGAAUGUCGCAGAACCAAGGAGCGCCUUUCUAAUGGGAGCAGUCGUGGUUCCAUGUCCAAGUCUUCCCGCAGCAUCCCAAGGAGACACACCCUAGGUGGGCCCCGAAGUUCCAAAGAAAUACUGGGAAUGCAAACAUCUGAGAUGGACAGGAAGAGAGAAGCUUUCCUAGAACAUCUGAAGCAGAAGUACCCACAUCAUGCCACAGCCAUCAUGGGCCACCAAGAGAGGCUGAGAGACCAGACAAGAAGCCCCAAACUGUCUCACAGUCCUCAACCUCCCAAUUUUGGUGACCCAGUCGAGCAUUUGUCGGAGACGUCUGGUGAUUCUUUGGAAGCCAUGUCUGAAGGAGAAGCUCUAAGUCCUUUUUCCAGAGGCAGCCGGACACGAGCGAGCCUUCCGGUGGUGAGGUCAACCAACCAAACAAAAGAAAGAUCUCUGGGGGUUCUCUAUCUUCAGUAUGGAGAUGAAACCAAACAGCUCAGGAUGCCGAACGAAAUCACAAGCGCAGACACAAUCCGUGCUCUUUUCGUAAGUGCCUUUCCACAGCAGCUCAGCAUGAAAAUGCUGGAGUCGCCCAGUGUCGCCAUUUACAUCAAAGACGAAAGCCGAAAUGUCUAUUAUGAAUUAAACGAUGUAAGGAACAUUCAGGACAGAUCACUCCUCAAAGUAUACAACAAGGAUCCUGCACACGCAUUCAAUCACACACCGAAAACUGUGAACGGAGACAUAAGGAUGCAGAGAGAAAUUGUUUAUUCAAGAGGAGACGGCCCUGGUGCCUCUCGACCUGGAUCCACAGCCCAUCCACCUCAUGCCAUCCCAAAUUCUCCACCAUCCACUCCUGUGCCCCAUUCCAUGCCUCCUUCCCCAUCCAGAAUCCCUUAUGGGGGCACCCGCCCCAUGGUUGUUCCUGGCAAUGCCACCAUCCCCAGGGACAGACUCUCGAGCCUGCCAGUGUCAAGAUCCAUCUCACCCAGCCCCAGCGCUAUUUUGGAAAGGAGAGAUGUCAAGCCGGAUGAAGACAUGAGUGGCAAGAACAUUGCAAUGUACCGCAAUGAAGGCUUCUAUGGGGACCCAUACCUUUAUCAUGAGGGACGGAUGAGCAUAGCCUCAUCCCAUGGCGGGCACCCACUGGAUGUCCCUGAUCACAUCAUUGCUUAUCACCGCACAGCAAUUCGGUCUGCGAGCACUUACUGCAACCCUUCUUUGCAAGCUGAAAUGCAUAUGGAGCAGUCACUGUAUAGACAGAAAUCAAGGAAAUAUCCAGAGAGCCACUUGCCUACUCUGGGCUCCAAAACACCCCCCGCUUCUCCCCACAGAGUCAGUGACCUACGGAUGGUAGACAUGCACGCCCACCAUAAUGCCCACGGGCCUCCUCACACCAUGCAGCCAGACCGGGCCUCACCCAGCCGCCAGGCCUUCAAAAAGGAGCCAGGCACCUUGGUGUUUAUUGAAAAGCCUCGGACCACUCCAGGAUUAUCCAGCAUUGUGGACCUCGGCCCUCCUCUUGUUGAGAAGCAAGUGUUUGCAUACAGCACUGCUACCAUACCCAAAGACAGAGAGACCAGAGAGAGGAUGCAAGCCAUGGAGAAACAGAUUGCCAGUUUAACUGGCCUUGUUCAGUCGGCGCUUUUUAAAGGGCCCAUUACAAGUAAUAGCAAAGAUGCAUCUAGCGAGAAAAUGAUGAAAGCCACAGCUAGUAAGAACCACACCGAUAGUGCAGGUAACAGUUGGGUCUGCACUGAGCUGGCAACAGGUGAAGGUCUUAUAUCUCACAAAUGUUCUCUUCAAAAGCUGCAGAACCAGGAGCUGCUGAGGGCAAUGAUGAAGAAGGCUGAGCUGGAAAUCAGUGGCAAAGUGAUUGAGACAAUGAAGAGACUGGAAGAUCCUGUACAGCGACAGCGUGUCCUGGUGGAACAGGAGAGACAGAAAUACUUGCAUGAAGAGGAGAGGAUUGUCAGGAAGUUAUGUGAGCUGGAGGACUUCGUUGAAGACCUGAAGAAGGACUCCAUAUCGCCUAGCCGAGUGGUUACUCUAAAAGACGUGGAAGAUGGGGCCUUCCUCCUACGGCAAGUGGGUGAAGCUGUAGCUACCCUGAAAGGGGAGUUUCCAACCUUACAAAACAAGAUGCGCGCCAUCCUGCGCAUAGAGGUGGAGGCCGUGCGGUUUCUAAAGGAGGAGCCGCACCGGCUGGACAGUCUCCUGCAGAGGGUUCGGAGCAUGACUGACACGUUGACCGUGCUGCGGAGACAUGUCACCGAUGGGCUCUUGAAAGGUACAGAUGCAGCCCAGGCUGCACAGUAUGUCGCCAUGGAAAAGGCCACCACUGCAGAAGCCCUGAAGAGCCAGGAGGAGGCACCCCACAGUGCCGGCCGGCCCCUCCCCGGCACGGGAGUCCCUGGGGACAUGAAGUCGGAAGUGGUGCCCUUGACCGUUCACCAAGCACAGAGCUCCCCCGUGGUCAUGCAGCCAUCCCAGCUGUCUUCCAGCCUGCUGAGCCCUGCCCCGCACUUGUCGGGGGGGACUGGUGCUCACCCCGCCAGCCCUGCAGCCGUCGCACAGGAGGGGACCUCAGCUAUGCAGCCCACACAGGCUCCGCAGUCUCCUCAAAUGCCAAUGAACGGCUCGGCCAUGCAGAGCUUGUUCAUUGAGGAAAUCCACAGUGUGAGCGCCAAGAACAGGGCAGUGUCUAUUGAGAGAGCAGAAAGGAAAUGGGAAGAGAAAAGGCAAAAUUUGGACCACUAUAACGGGAAAGAGUUUGAGAAGCUACUAGAAGAAGCUCAGGCCAAUAUCAUGAAGUCAAUUCCAAACCUGGAGAUGCCACCAGCCUCAGGCCCACAGCCAAAGGGUGAUGCUCCCGCGGACAAGCUGGAAUUUUCCGAAGACUCUCCAAAUUCAGAACAGGACUUGGACAAGCUGGGGGCUAAAUCGCCCCCUCCUCCUCCCCCACCCCCAAGACGGAGUUACCUGCCCGGAUCGGGGCUCACCACCACGAGGUCCGGCGAUGUGGUCUACACCAGUAGGAAGGAGAACACCGUUGCUAAGGCGAGCAGUGAAGAUGCUGGACCAAGUUCACAGGCUCGAGCCACAAAAUGUCCAGCAGAGGAGCCUGCAUCAGCCUGGACUCCACCCCCACCACCAGUUAUAGCCUCCUCCUCAAAGGAUGAAGAGGAGGAGGAAGAAGGAGACAAAAUAAUGGCAGAACUCCAGGCAUUCCAGAAGUGUUCCUUUAUGGAUGUAAAUGCAAACAGUCAUGCUGAGCAGUCCCGGGCUGAUAGUCAAGUUAAAGACUCUAGGCCGGGGGCCACGGUCCCACCCAAGGAGAAGAAGAAUUUGGAAUUUUUCCAUGAAGACAUACGGAAAUCUGAUGUUGAAUAUGAAAAUGGCCCCCCUAUGGAAUCCCGAAAGGUCACUGCAGGAGCUCUAACACCUAAUGACCAUCCCAAGUGGGAGACAGGAAUGGAGAAUAGUAUUUCUGAGGCUUUAAGAACAUCUGAAUAUAAAACUGACACGUUCAUGAAGGAAAAUUCCAUAUCCACUAAGAGUGCACUUAGAGACAGUAGAAACUCUUCCCAGAAAAAUGUGUCUAAGGUCCACUCCUGUUUCUCUGGCAUUAGUUCCUUAGAAGAUGAAAUAAAUAAAGGACCUAAAUUCUCGGGACUACAGUACACUGUAUCUGACCCUGAGAAUCAGAAGAUGAGUUAUGGAAAGAUGAAGGAGAUGAGUCACCAAGGACAAGAAAAUACAGAUAAAAGCCACCUUCUCUCUCCCACUACAUCAAGUGAACUGAGUGCUUGUCAUUUCAGAACUCCAGACCAAGAGGUUCCCAUGACAGAGUUGGGCCACGUUGUUCUGAGACCCAACGGAGCUAGGCAUGCUAAUGUGAACCCCAGUGAGGAUGGAGGAUCAACACCGAGUUCUCCCACAGGAGAAAAUGCAGCCACUGACAACAUUGCCUUUAUGAUUACCAAAACUGCGGUCCAGGUCCUCUCCAGUGGGGAGGUCCGCGAUAUCGUGAGCAAAAAGGGAGAGGACGUACAGACAGUUAAUAUUGAUGCUAAAAAAGAGACAGCCUCUCAGCCAGAAGGGACUGAAAACGAAGAGCCCGUUGUAUGCCUGGACAAGAAACCAGUUAUUAUCAUUUUUGACGAACCCAUGGACAUCCGGUCUGCAUAUAAGAGACUUUCAACCAUAUUUGAGGAAUGCGAUGAGGAAUUAGAGAGAAUGAUGACUGAAGAAAAGAUAGAGGAGGAGGAAGAGGAGGAAAAUGGAGAUCCUGGGGUCCAGAAUAACAUUUCCCACGAGUUGCCCAAGAAAAGUGCAUUGGGCAGCCCAGGGUUAGGACAGCAGGCCGAGAGUCAAAUACAGCCACACCUCCCUUCUACAGAGACUGGAGCAGCAGGAGGCCAUGCAAUAAAUGAAACUAAACUGAGCAAGUUCAGCCAAGCGGAUGUCCCAAGUUCAGAAAGCAAGUGUGAUGUGACAGAUGACCAAUUUGAAAGCCCCAAGAAAAGGUUUAAAUUCAAGUUCCCUAAGAAGCAGCUUGCAGCUCUCACUCAGGCCAUCCGCACGGGCACCAAGACAGGGAGGAAGACUUUGCAGGUGGUGGUCUACGAAGAGGAGGAAGAGGACGGCACUUUGAAGCAGCACAAAGAAGCCAAGCGAUUCGAAAUUACCAGGUCUCAACCUGAAGAGCCCCCAAAAAAUACGCUUAGGAGAGAAGAGCAGCCCAGUCUGGAGAGCACAUCUCUGAUUUCAAGAACUGAUGAAAUUAGGAAAAAUACCUACCGAACAUUGGACAGCCUGGAGCAGACCAUCAAGCAGCUUGAAACCACCAUCAGUGAAAUGAGUCCAAAAGGCCUAGCUGAUACCUCAGGCUCUUUCAACAGAGAUUCUGUUGCCAGCCCGCCCCAUGUAGCCCAGGAGGCCUCUCCCCGAUCCUUGCUAGUCCUGGACGAAGCUCCCACUGCCCCAGAGCCCCCCUCAUCAAUACCGUCAGCUACACAUAAGGGCCCCGGGGGGACCCCACAGACGAGCAGGAUGCCAGUCCCCAUGAGCUCCAAGAGCAGACCUGGAAGCCUGGACAAACCUGGCAAGCAGUCCAAACUGCAGGAUCCCCGCCAAUAUCGUCAGGCUAAUGGAAGUGCUAAGAAAGCUGGUGGGGACUGUAAGCCUACUUUCCCCUCCUUACCUGCUUCUAAGAUUCCAGCCCUUUCUCCCAGCUCUGGGAAAAGCAGUUCUCUGCCCUCUUCUAGUGGUGACGGCUCUAACUUCCCUAAUCCACCUGCUACUAAACCGUCGGUCACUUCUAAUCCUCUCAGCCCCCAAACAGGACGAUCUGCUCCCUCUGCCUCCCUCAUCCCCUCUGUCUCUAAUGGCUCUUUAAAGUUUCAGAGCCCCACUCACACAGGUAAAGGUCACCACCUUUCAUUCUCACUGCAGACUCCAAACGGCCGAGCGGCCCCUCCCUCCUCCUCCUGCCCACCCUCCCCUGCCUCCCCCACGUCCCUGAAUCAAGGUGCAAAGAGCGUCAGGACCAUCCACACUCCUGGCCUCACCAGCUACAAGGCACAGAAUGGAAGUCCGAGCAAAGCCGCCCCUCCCACAGCAAAGGAAACCUCUUAAAGGCCAAAUCCUAUUAGGCACAAGUUGGAGUUACAUUUUAAAACAAAAAUUCUUAAGUCUUCAACAACAGUUUUCACAAGAGAAUGUAACAUAUUGCUAUACUGUUUGAGGCUUAACGCUAAGUAUGUGCUAAAUACUGAAGAAUAGAUUCAGUAAAGCUUGUUUGUUUUUUCACCUUGAUGUUGUAAAAUUACAUGGUGUUUACUGUCUAUAUUCAAUACCUGUUAGGUGAAGUAAGCAUGUGUUACGAAAAGAGGAUGGGAAGAAGAAAGCGUGCGUAAGAGACAGAAAAAAAUGUAUUCAGCAUGUAAAACAUGUAUGAUUCCAGAAUUUUAGUAUGUUUUGUAUAAAAAUAUUUUUCAUUACAGAGAUUAGAAGUGAACAGAGAAAUGCACAAGUGUGACUAUACAAAUUGUAAAGCAGAUACUAUAGUAUUUCUUUUUAUUUUAGUGUUAUUCAGCUUUAUUACAGAUUUCUAUUUUUGUCAAAACUUCAUGGUUCCUUUUGAGAUCUUUUCUGCCAAAACAUUUUGAUACUAUAGCAUUGUACAUUUGAAAGUAGCAUGCUAGACAGUAAGUCAGUGAACUUCUACACAAGCCAACAUGCAGAGGCAUAUGUAGAAGGCAAUUUACCAAACCUAUUGCACUGCCAUGAAAAUGAUGUAUAAUAAUUUGCCAGCCCAAGCAAGCCACUUUUCUUUGCUUUUUGUUCUUUCUUUCUUUUUCCUUUUUAACAUAUUGGGAUUCUCUAGUUGUUUUCUUUGCAGUAUCUAGACCCUUCCUUUGUUUCUGAUACCUGGUAACCCACACUAUUGCAUUGUGGAUUUUCAAAUGUACACUUCUGUACGGUUCUGUAAACUGAUAAACUUUUGUAAAUAUAUAAAUAGACAUAAAAAAUACUGUAUGUGACAGCACACAGAGUAGUUUUCCCACACCAAAGUUAAUUUUUAUGCAUGCUUUAAAAAUAUAUAUUGGGAUGGGCAGAAAUGGGACUCCCCAUACAAUUUUAAAAAGUAACAAGUUUGCACAGCUAGAGUGUUUUUGUAAAUAAAUGUAUUUGUAUAACACAGUCAUGUAAUAUACAGAACUAUAAGCAGAGACUUUGCAAAACUAAAUAAAGGGAUGCAUGCUUAUUA